GUUUCUGCGGCGUCUGGGCUUCCACUCCAGCAGGAUCAUCCGUGUGUGAAGAGGUCGUCAGUGAUCUAGGUUUGUUUAAGGAAGAUCUGGUGAUGGCGUCAUCUCUGAGUGGCAAGAUGCCGGCGUUUCUGCUGGACAAGGAGAACCCCAUCGGGUGGGCCUUCCAGGGCAUGAAGGAGUUCACGCAAGACAGCGUGAGACUGGUCAGACGAUGUACCAAACCUGACGCCAAGGGUAACUCAACACGACGCGACUCACAAGGACAGAGGAAGCCAUAAGAAGGCAGCCAGCCACGUGUGUGUGUGUGUGUGUGUCUGGUGGCUAUACAUAUACUUCAGAGUUCCGCAAGAUAGCGCUAGCGUGUGCGAUUGGGUUCGCCAUCAUGGGGUUCAUCGGGUUCUUUGUCAAGCUCAUCUUCAUCCCCAUCAACAACAUCAUCAUGUAUGUGUGCUGCAGUGCACCACAACCCAAUCCAACCACGCUCGAGUGUCUGACCUUCAUUUGCUGCUUGCCUUGUCCUGUCCUGUCCUGUCCUGUUUGUUUGUCGUGGGUGCAGGGGAGGCGCGUAGCCACAACGACCACUGUGAAGGCGUCAGUCACAUCUCCAUCCAUCUAUAG